AUGGUAAGCUCCUCUGGGACGGGCUCGUCGUCUUACCCAACCAGCAGCAGCAGCAUCACAUCUGGAUCUUCGACUCUUCCCACUUCAUCGGGUUCCAGCGCAACAAGCACAAGCGCAACAGGCACCGGUUCCACAAUCAUCAGCUCGACUGGUACUACUUCAGUGGUGACCAGAUCGACAGAAACCGGCUCCACAGGCAGCACCUUGACAGGAACCAUGUCAACAGAUACCAGCAGUUCCAGCGCGACCGACACAGCGAGCAUUCCAGAGACUAGCCCUCCAACUUAUUCGACUACUACUGUCACUGACACAACAGUGACCAUUUCCAGUCCUUCAAGCACGGGUAACGGCACGUCAGGUACAUUGCCGGCCACAGGUAGUUCCUCAACUCUCAGGACAACAUUGACAACGACUGAUACCGUCACCUACCCUUCUUCAACUGGCUAUUCGAACACUGUGUCCACCCGAGGCUCAUCCACUUUCACAGGGUCGAGUUCCACCCGAGGCACGUCAUCUUCGCCUAUUUCCAGUGGUACAACCACGCCAACAGCUUCCACGGGGACCACGUCGGUGCCUAGCUUGACGUCGUCGACUGUGACUAUAACAGCAAGUACCGCAACAGUGAGCGAAUACUGCUCGACCGUCACAGUGUACGGUGGUAACCCAAUCACUUACUGCCUACCUGCCACCACACCGACAUCAUUCGCCACGAGCACCAUCAAGUCUCCCAGUGGUGGAAAUCAAUGGAGCAACGGCGGAAACAACGGAGGGCCCAAAGACAUCAACGGCAAAGAUAAUGCUGACAACAACAAGAACAGGAGCGUCUGGGACAAAAUCUUGAAGCUCCUCAAGUCCGCCCAGAGCAAGAAGCAAGGCAAGGGCAAGAGCCACAACUAA